AUGGACUUCAUCAAAAAGGCAAUAUGGGGUCCAGACCCCAAGGAACAAAUGCGCAAGAUUAACCAACUUCUUCGGAAAAAUAAAAGAGAACUUGACCGGUCUCUAAACCAACUCCAACCCCUUAAGAAAAAGACAGAAGGAUUAAUCAAAAGAGCGGCCAAAGAUAAGGACUAUAAAUCUGCCAAAAUAUAUGCACGUGAGCUUAUCAACAUAACCAAACAGUAUAAUAAACUUCAUACGUCCAAGACCAGAGUGGACUCCAUAGCCAUGGCUGUCAAUGAACAAUGGCAGAUGGCCAAACUUACAAACUCACUCCAAGUGCUGACUGGAGUUAUGAAGGAUGUCAAUCUGCUCAUAAACUUGGGUAUGGUGCAGGGCACCAUGCAAGAGUUGCUGCGUGAGCUCAUGAAGGCCGGGAUCAUAAACGAGAUGAUGGAUGACAUGGUUGACUUGGAAAUGGAAGAUGAUGAAUUGGAAGAUGAAUCCCAAGAUGAAGUCAACAAAAUCAUCCAGAGUCUUACUGAAGAUAAGUUCAGCAAGAUUGGGAACGAAGUGCCGAAGAGCAGGCUCGAGGUUGAAGAACCGGUGCACGAGCAAGAGCCAGAAGCUUUGGAAGAAGAUGAUUAUGAAGCCUUGGAUGAAAUGAGAGAAAGAUUAAAGGCUUUGCAGAAUUAA